AUGAGUUCUCACACCACCGGGCCCAGACUGUUGCUGUUGGGACUCCAGCUGUUUGCUGAGGCCUGGAGCUACAACCUGGACACGCGGCAUGCUCAGAGUUUCUUGGCACAUGCUGGAAGACACUUUGGGUACCGGGUCUUGCAAGUCGGAGAUGGGGUUGUUGUGGGAGCUCCAGGUGAGGGGAACAGCACAGGAAGUCUCUAUCAGUGUCAUCCAAGCAGUGGCUCCUGCCAACAACUCAGCCUGCAUGGUUCUAACUAUACCUCCAAAUACUUGGGAAUGACCUUAGUGACAGACGCCACUGACGGAAGCCUUUUGGCCUGUGAUCCUGGACUGUCUCGGACCUGUGAUCAGAACACCUACCUCAGUGGCCAGUGUUACCUCUUCCCCCAGAGUCUGGAGGGGCCUAUGUUACAAGGGUACCCUGCUUACCAGGAAUGUAUGAAGGGCAAUGUCGACCUAGUAUUUCUGUUCGAUGGCUCCAUGAGCUUGGAGAAAAAUGACUUUGAAAAAAUCUUGGACUUCAUGAAGGAUGUGAUGAGGAAGCUGAGCAACACUUCCUACCAGUUUGCUGCUGUUCAGUUUUCUACAUCGUACAAAACAGAAUUCACUUUCUUGGAUUAUGUUAAACAGAAGGACCCUGAUGCCCUGCUACGUAAUGUAAAACACAUGUGCUUACUGACCAAUACCUUUGGUGCCAUCAACUAUGUAGUGACAAACGUGUUCAAAGAAGAGUCUGGUGCCAGGCCAGAUGCUAACAAAGUGCUAGUCAUCAUCACAGACGGCGAUGCUAGUGACAAUGGAAACAUCGAUGCAGCCCAAGACAUUACCCGCUACAUCAUCGGGGUUGGAAAGCAUUUUACGUCCAAAAACGCGCAGGAGAGUCUUCACAUCUUUGCCUCCAAACCCACAAAGGAAUUUGUCAAGAUUCUAGACACAUUUGAGAAGCUCAAGGGCCUAUUUGAUGACCUGCAGAGGAGGAUUUACACAAUUGAGGGCACAAACUUACGAGACCUGACGUCCUUUGACAUGGAACUCUCCUCCAGUGGGAUCAGCGCAGACCUUAGCAAGGGCCAUGCAGUUGUGGGAGCAGUUGGAGCGAAGGACUGGGCCGGGGGCUUUCUGGACCUGAAUGAAGACUUGCAGGAUGCCACAUUUGUUGGGAAUGAACCACUAACCUCAGAUAUGAGAGCCGGCUAUCUGGGUUACACUGUGGCCUGGAUGCCCUCCCACAGAUCCUCGUUACUCCUGGCAGUGGGAGCCCCACGAUACCAGCAUGUGGGACAAGUACUGCUCUUCCAAGCACCCAAAGCCGGAGGAAACUGGAGUCAGAUCCAGAAAAUAGAAGGGACGCAGAUUGGAUCUUAUUUUGGUGGGGAGCUAUGUAGCAUUGACUUGGAUCACGACGGUGAGACAGAGCUGUUGCUGAUUGGAGCACCCCUGUUCUAUGGGGAGCAGAGAGGAGGCCGAGUGUUCAUUUACCAAGGAAGACAGGUGUUCAACAUGGUGUCAGAGCUGCAGGGUGACCCUGGCUACCCACUUGGGCGGUUUGGAGCUGCCAUCACUGCCCUGACAGAUAUCAAUGGGGAUGGGCUGACAGAUGUGGCCGUGGGAGCUCCUCUGGAGGAGCAGGGGGCUGUAUAUAUCUUCAAUGGGCAGCCUGGAGGACUCAGCCCCCAUCCAAGCCAGAGAAUACAAGGAACCCAGGUGUCCCCAGGAAUCCAGUGGUUUGGACGCUCCAUCCAUGGGGUGAAGGACCUUGGAGGGGACAGGCUGGCAGAUGUAGUUGUAGGAGCUGAGGGCCGGGUGAUUGUGCUGAGCUCGAGGCCAGUGGUGGAUGUUGUCACUGAGAUGUCCUUCUCCCCAGACGAAAUCCCAGUGCAGGAGGUGGAGUGCUCCUUCUCAGCCAGCCAGGAGCAGAAGGAAGGAGUCACACUCAAGGUGUGCUUCCAGAUCCAGCCCCUCACAUCUCAGUUUCAAGGUCACCUGCAUGUCAACCUGAGCUACACCCUGCAGCUGGAUGGCCAUCGGUCCAGGAGCCGAGGUCUGUUCUCAGGAGGGAGUCACGAGCUCAGUGGGAACACAUCUGUCACCCCAGAUAAAUCCUGCAUGGACUUCUCCUUUCACUUUCCGGUCUGCAUUCAAGACCUUAUCUCUCCUAUCAAUGUCUCUCUGAAUUUCUCUCUUUUGGAGGAAGAAGGAACACUGAGGGACCGAAAGAUGGGCAGGGACACGCAGCCCAUCCUGAGACCUUCAAUACACACAGUGACUAAGGAGAUCCCGUUUGAGAAGAACUGUGGUGAGGACAAGAAGUGUGAGGCAAACCUGGCCCUGUUGUCCUCUGCCAGAUCCCGAGUCCUGCGUCUGACUUCCUCCGCCAGCCUUGCUGUGGAGUGGACGCUGAGCAAUUCAGGAGAGGAUGCUUACUGGGUGCAGCUGGACUUGAGCUUCCCUCCGGGACUCUCCUUCCGAAAGGUGGAGAUGCUUAAG